AUGAAGCUCAACCCGGCUAAGUGUGCCUUCGGGGUGACAGCUGGUAAAUUCUUGGGGUUGAUGGUGCAUUACCGGGGAAUUGAGGCUAACCCCUUGAAGAUAAAAGCCAUUCUCGAGAUGCCUCAUCCUCGUAGUAUCAAGGAGGUACAGAGACUAACCGGGAGGAUAGCGGCAUUAGGGAGGUUCUUGGCAAGAUCUGCGGAGAGGCAAUUGCCAUUUUUUAAGGCCUUGACUCGAGUCCGAAAUUUUGCAUGGACAGAGGAAUGCCAAGAGGCAUUUGAGCAGUUGAAACAAUUUGCUUCGGAUGAGGCCGUCAGUUCGGUUUUGAUACGGGAGGAGGACAAAGUUCAAACGCUGGUCUACUAUAUGAGCAAGAGAUUGGUCAAAGUUGAGAUUCAUUACACACCAACAGAAAAGUUGGCCUAUGCCCUAGUCAUCUCCGCUCGAAAGUUGAGGCCCUACUUCGAGGCACAUCAUAUUAUCGUCCUAUCAAGUCAGCCAUUGAGACAUGUGUUGGGAAAGCCAGACUUAUCGGGGAGAAUGCUCAAAUGGGCGGUGGAGCUAAGUGCCUUUGACAUCGACUAUCGAUCUCGGCCGGCCAUCAAGGCGCAAGCUCUUGCUAACUUCAUCCUGGAAGGCACCCUACCAAAGGAAGCGGACGAAGGAGUUUCCCAGACUUGGACUCUCUUUGUCGAUGGCAGCUCCAGUGUCGAAGGUAGUGGCGCUGGAUUACUGCUCCAAGGCCCCGAUGGCCAGGCUUGGCCAUAUGCCCUCCACUUUGAGUUUAAUGCCUCUAACAAUGAAGCCGAGUACGAGGCGCUCAUUGUCGAGCUCAGACUAGCGAAACAUAUGGGAGUCAGGGAUUUGAAGGUAUAUUCUGACUCGAACUUAAUUGAGCAACAGGUCACAUGGGAGUUUGAGGCCCGGGAGGAUGCCAUGGCCCAAUACUUGGCAAUAGCCAAGGGUCUUAUGGCACGGUUUCAAGCAAUGAAAAUCAAUCAUGUCCCACGUGCGCAGAAUGCAAUGGCGGAUGCUCUCUCGAGGAUAGCUGCUUCUUCCUUCCCCAGGAAUUCCCGAGCUGUCUACAUGGAGUCGUUGCCCCAGAGGAGCAUAGAGAUAGAAGCAGAGCAGCUUUGCAUAGAAGAGGUAGAAAAUUGGAUGGAUUCGAUUGUAGCACAUCUAACCAAUGUAUGGCUACCAGAGGAGGAACAAGAGACUCAAAAACUCAAGCGUCAGGAUGCCAAGUUUCUUCUGAUCGGAUCAGACCUUUAUAAGAAAUCCUUCACUCAGCCGCUGCUAAAAUGA